AUGGUGCUAUGGUCCAGUUUGAUUCAAAAGGAGAUGCAUUGGGCCGAUAUCGAAUCAUGAAUUACCAGAAGAACCCCAGAACCAAAAAAUACGAAUACAUUGUGGUGGGCAAUUGGUCAAUGUCACUACAAUUGGAUGUAGAUCGUCUUGUUUGGUCAUCUGGAACAUCCGGAGUCAUCCCGGAAUCAAGGUGCAGUGAACCGUGUAGCUUUGACCAGUAUAAGUACAUCGGAAAAUCUGGAGAUUCCUGUUGCUGGGUUUGUAUCACGUGUCAGGAUUUCGAAUACCUAAAGGACGAAUUCACGUGCGAAGAUUGUGGUAGGGGAAAAUGGCCAAAUAAGGAUAAAAGGGAUUGCCACGUGCUUCCUAAACAAUACAUGCAAUGGGAUUCAGUCUAUUCUCUUGUACCCAUGGUUUUGGCUUGUGUAGGUCUCAUCGCAACUCUCGUCGUUAUCCUCACGUUUAUGAAGUUUCACGAUACUCCCGUUGUCAUGGCGUCCGGACGAGAGCUGAGCUACUUUUUACUGUCCGGAUGUUUGAUGUGCUAUUUUAUAACUUUUAUACUAAUUGCCAAACCCUCGACUAUUAUGUGCGCCAUACAGAGAUUCGGGGUUGGUUUUGGAUUCUCUGUGAUAUAUUCAUCUUUAUUAACGAAAACCAAUCGAAUAUCGAGAAUAUUUGACAGCGCAAGGCGGUCGGCAAGGAGACCCCCUUUCAUCAGCCCUAAAUCACAAAUUGUUAUAACAUGUAUCUUAAUUUUAAUUCAAAUUUUAUUUACUAUCGUGUGGCUUGUAAUCGAACCGCCUGGGACUCGUAUUUAUUUACCCAACGGCAAGAGGAACGAGGUGAUACUAAAGUGUAAAACGGAUGACAUAUCUUUCCUGGUGUCGCUAAUGUAUAACAUGUUGUUGAUUGUUGUGUGUACUCUUUAUGCCAUUAAGACAAGAAAGAUUCCGGAGAAUUUUAAUGAGUCGAAGUUCAUUGGAUUUGCUAUGUACACGACAUGCAUCAUUUGGCUUGCCUUUGUUCCUAUCUACUUUGGAACACUCAAUUCUUUCCAGGUCCAGAUCACCACCCUGUGUAUCUCGAUCAGCUUGAGUGCUACUGUGGCCCUUCUGUGUCUAUUUACACCCAAAAUGUAUAUAAUCGUCUUCCAACCAGAGAAGAACGUUCGCCGCCUCACAAUGAACUCGGCCAGCUAUAACAAGAAGCCUCAGACCACGGCCAGCUCCAUUCUCACCAGUAACAAUCACGAUGCGUUUUCAGAGAGAAUUAAGCUAAGCGUGAAUUAUGACCAAAGAUUCGGUGUUACAACUACAGCCGAGAAGGAUGACAAAGAAAAAGAUACGCCGGCAUCAUCUCUUUAAAUCACACGGUGAUGGUGGCAAUUCGGAUGAGAUAUUUCUCGCUUUUCCAAGCUUGGUUUCGUGGAAUCUUGAGCAACACACCGAUACUAUAUGUAUAUUCAUUGGCCUUGUGACACGUGUUUUUCUUGUCGUAUUUACUAAGAGUCAGUGCACAACAAAAUGCAAUUCCGAACUGGUGUGGUUCAAUUUACCUUGUAGCUUACGUGUGUAUAUUUUUACUUGUGAACGCAUUAGUUUCCAAACUAAGCAUCCAAAUCAUUUAUUUUCCCAUAUACUUCUUGGCAAGUGAAGCUGGUGUUAAUGAUGAUGAUGAUGAUGAUGAUGAUGAUGAUGACGAU